GCCGGAGCAUAUCUGGAGUGUGAGACCUAUGAGAAGUGCUGCCCCAACGUGUGUGGGACCAAGAGCUGUGUGGCAGCCCGCUACAUGGACGUGAAGGGGAAGAAGGGCCCCGUGGGCAUGCCCAAGGAGGCCACGUGCGACCAUUUCAUGUGUCUGCAGCAGGGCUCCGAAUGUGACAUCUGGGACGGCCAGCCCGUGUGCAAGUGCAGAGACCGCUGUGAGAAGGAGCCCAGUUUCACCUGUGCCUCUGACGGCCUCACCUACUAUAACCGCUGCUACAUGGACGCCGAGGCCUGCUCCAAGGGCAUCACACUGGCUGUCGUCACCUGCCGCUAUCACUUCACCUGGCCCAACACCAGCCCCCCACCACCCGAGACCACCGUGCACCCCACCACGGCCCCCCCAGAGACCCCUGGGCUGGACACAGCGGCCCCAGCUCUGCUCAACUACCCCGCUCACCAGUCGGUCACCGUGGGUGAGACAGUGAGCUUCCUUUGUGACGUGGUGGGCCGGCCCCGGCCCGAGAUCACCUGGGAGAAGCAGCUCGAGGAUCGGGAGAACGUGGUCAUGAGGCCCAACCACGUGCGCGGCAACGUGGUGGUCACCAACAUCGCCCAGCUGGUCAUCUACAGCGCCCAGCCCCAGGACGCCGGCAUCUACACCUGCACGGCCCGCAACGCCGCCGGCGUCCUGCGCGCUGACUUCCCGCUGUCGGUGGUCCGGGGGGGUCGGCUUUCGGCCACGGAGGAGAGCAGCCCGAACAGCACAGCCUUCCCCGCAGCCGAGUGCCUGAAGCCCCCUGACAGUGAGGACUGCGGCGAAGAGCAGACCCGCUGGCACUUCGACGCCCAGGCCAACAACUGCCUGACCUUCACCUUCGGCCACUGCCACCGCAACCGCAACCACUUUGAGACCUACGAGGCCUGCAUGCUGGCCUGUGUGAGCGGGCCGCUGGCCGUGUGCAGCCUGCCCGCCCUGCAGGGGCCCUGCAAGGCCUACGAGCCCCGCUGGGCCUACAACAGCCAGACGGGCCAGUGCCAGUCCUUUGUCUACGGCGGCUGCGAGGGCAACGGCAACAACUUUGAGAGCCGCGAGGCCUGCGAGGAGUCCUGCCCCUUCCCUCGGGGGAACCAGCGCUGCCGGGCCUGCAAGCCAAGGCAGAAGCUGGUCACCAGCUUCUGUCGGAGCGACUUUGUCAUCUUGGGCCGAGUCUCUGAGCUGACAGAGGAGCCCGACUCAGGUCGCGCCCUGGUGACUGUGGACGAGGUCCUAAAGGAUGAGAAGAUGGGCCUCAAGUUCCUGGGCCGGGAGCCGCUGGAGGUCACUCUGCUCCACGUGGACUGGACCUGCCCCUGCCCCAAUGUGACGGUGGGCGAGACGCCGCUCAUCAUCAUGGGUGAGGUGGACGGCGGCAUGGCCAUGCUGCAGCCCGACAGCUUCGUGGGGGCCUCGACCACCCGGCGGGUUCGGAAGCUGCGCGAGGUCAUGCACAAGAAAACCUGUGACGUCCUCAAGGAGUUCCCGGGCUUGCAGUGAGGCCCUCCGCCCCUCCCCAGUCCUGUCCCUGACCCUCUUCCAUUGGCCCAUCCCCAGCACCCCUCAGUCAGCAAACUGGGCAAGGUCAGAUUAG